CACCAUGUCGUCAGCAUAAAAUUAUCCAAUCAUAACAGACUUCGGCGGAAGGGGCAAUUUUGAAAACUGGCAGUUAAGCUUCAACAUUUCUGCGUCCGGUAAAUGACAACAUAAACGAUGGAGGAAGAGGAGCAUACAGACAGAAAGCAGAAGCUCGCUAUGCUGUGUAAAAGGAUACAUAGGAUUAAUCAGUAUUUUAAUGAAGAUGACACUGACAAUAUCAACCAGGUCAUCAGCUCAAACUCGCCGGAAUCCUGUCUCUCAUAUUUGAUGGACCUGGAGAAAAAGGGUGACCCUCGGCUGAAUCACAGCCAUCUCACUAAACUUGUUGACUUUUACACCAGAGUAUUCUCUACACUGCCACUGGGAAAAUACAGUCAAAAUGAGAGCUAUGCCAAACUCUUGGUCAGAUUUGCAGAACUAAAAGCGAUUCAAGAUGUAAAUGAUGCAGAGUCCAAUUUUAGCGUUGCAAGGUCUAACUGCCCAGACUUUGCAUUUGUCCAUAUUGCUCAUGCAAACUUUGAGCAUUCUCAAGGCAACACAAAGAGAAGCAUUUACAUCUUACAGAACGCUAUUGAACUUGGUGCCAAACCAAAGGAACUGCUGGAGGCUGCAUUGCAAGGCAUGCAGCUUGAGAAAAAGUCUCGCCUGAGUGCUGAGGAUAAGGAAAAUGUAUCACUAUUACACAGAAGCACUGUUCAUAAUUCUGUCAAAAAAUCUGAAUUUCUAAAAGUAAGCAGAAAUUCAGAUGGAACAGGAGACUUGCAACUCUCAAGUAUUUUUGGACCAGGGAGUGAGCCCCCUGGUGGAUUGGCUGAAGAAUACUUGUCGGGCUGGAGAUCAGCAUCUCAACACAAGAAAACUGUUUGCAUGCCAAUGAGAGUUCCUGUAGUUCCGUUCUCUAUCCCAGAAAAUGAUGAUGAUGAUGUUGUUGACCACAAACAUGAGAAACCUAGAGCAAGGAGUGUUGCCUCUGUUUCUGCCAGAACACUACGCUCAAAUGCAAAUGCACUGAACGGACCUUCAAUUAUGAAAAAACAUACAUACGAUGUAGAUUUUGUCAACCGUGAACUUUCAGGCAUCAGUCCUGACCAUUGCUCUUGGGAGGAGCAGGCAGCUGUGGACUCCACCACCACUUUACUUCACUCACAUGACACACAGGACACCCUGCGAGCAGAAGAUGUAACCUACAGUUUUUCUGAGGUUGUGAAAACAAAUUCCCCUGAAUCUUGUUGGUCAUAUCUCAAGGAUCUGGAGAAAAGAGGCAACUUGCACACUGAUGUUGGUCUCCUCAACAAACUGAAGGACUGCUACUCUAAAGUCUUCUCCCAGAUGCCAAUUAGACAGCACAGCAAAAAUGUGUGCUAUGGUAAAAUACUGGUCAGAUAUGCAGAACUUAAGGGGAUUGAAGAUGCAGACGAAGCACGCGACCAUUUCAUCGUGGCACGAUCAAACUGCAAAACCUUUGCAUUCGUUCAUAUUGCACAUGCUCAGUUCGAAGUUUCUCAAGGUAAUGUGGUCAAAGCAAGCUCUAUUCUGCAAAAAGCCCUCACCCUUAAUGCCAGCCCCACCCAGCUUUUGGACAUGGCCAUUCGUAACCUCAAGGCUGGAGAGAAACAGCUGGUGCCCAACAAGGAGGAGGCCCAAAUAGAGUCACAGCCAUUUCCUGCUGCUAGUUUUUCUACCCGUGGUGGAAUCCAAGAACCUCUGCUUCCUGCUCGAGUCCCAGUGAGUCGUUCUGCAGAACGAGCAGACCCUACAGGCAAAGAAUCCUUGUCAGAAUGGAAAGUUCCAAACCUUGUCAACCGGCAUGUUACUCCAGAGAAUAGAAAUGCUACUCCACCUGAACCCACACCUGUUUCCUCUGUGCCGGAGUCGUUUCCUACUCCAUCUGUUCAGCUUCCACCCAGGCUGAACCCACAGACAGUCUGUCAAACACCUAACAACUACAAAAACCCUUCAUCCAGCAGUUUUAUUACUCCUGUUGUAAAGAAACUCCCAGAGGUCUUUUCCUCUACAGCAGCACCAAACAGAGCAACACCAGCUCAGCCUCAGUGCACACCUCAAAACCCAGCAGCUUGUUUUGAAACUCCACAGCGCUCCUUCCCUGCAUUGUCCAACGAAACCAUCACCAUUAAGGGCAAACAGUUCUUCAUCCUGAAGAUGAUUGGUCGUGGUGGAUCAAGCAAGGUCUAUCAGGUCCUUGACCACAAAAAGCAGCUGUUUGCUGUGAAGUACGUUGACCUUGAGGAAGCUGACGCUCAGACUAUCGAAAGUUAUAAAAAUGAGAUUCAACAUUUGAACCACUUACAGCAGUACAGUGAUCAAAUUAUAAAGCUCUAUGACUAUGAAAUGACCAACAGUUAUAUCUACAUGCUGAUGGAGUGCGGCAAUUUGGAUCUAAACACUUGGCUGCGAAACCGAAAGACUGUGAAUCCCCUGGACCGGAAGUUUUACUGGAGGAACAUGUUGGAGGCUGUCCACACCAUCCACAAACAUGGAAUUGUCCACAGUGACUUGAAACCAGCGAAUUUCGUCAUAGUGAAUGCAUCCCUGAAGCUGAUUGACUUUGGCAUUGCAAACAGAAUCCAGCCUGACGUCACAAGCAUCAUGAAGGAUUCACAGGUGGGCACACUUAAUUACAUGCCUCCUGAAGCCAUUAAAGACACAUCAUCCCAGCCGGGAAAAGCUCGCUCCAAGAUCAGCCCCAAAGGUGACGUGUGGUCCCUUGGAUGUAUUCUGUACUAUAUGACCUAUGGGAAGACGCCAUUUCAAAGCAUCACCAAUCAGAUAACUAAGCUGCACGCCAUCAUUGACCCUACCCAUUUGAUUAAUUUUCCUGACAUUUCUGAAAAAGAUUUGCUUAACGUGUUGAAGAGGUGCUUGGUACGAAACCCCAGAGAGCGAAUCUCUAUUGCAGAGCUGUUGGAACAUCCUUAUCUGCAGCUGAAAGAAAAAGCAGAACCUCAAUCAGAACCUGCAUGCAACAAUGAUCUGAAGAAGAUCCUAACAGACCUGGCCGCCCUCCAGUCCCCUAACAGUAUCAUUAGAGCUGCAAAUAAUCUGGCCAAAAUGUGUAACAGUGGUGGGAGGCUGGAUGUCGCAGAGUGUGCAAAGUCAUCAACUUAAGAACGCUAGCAAAUGUGAUAUGUUGUUGAGAAAUUCUUAUUUGUCUUGUAUUUUUUUAUUUACCCUUGACCACUGUGUGUAUAUAUAGAAAAUGUUGACACAAGUAAACUGUAUUUUUCUGUCCAUUUCCUUGAAACAAGUCAUUUUUGCAUAUGUGCCUUGAUAAUAAACUUUUAGUCAUUAUAAUAGUUCAGUUAGUAAACACAAUAGAUUGGUUUCUCUAAUCACACGUUUUCUGUUCUAAAAAUGCAAGAUAACGUAACUUUUUUUUCAUUUUACAGUUGAACUUUAAACUUCCUAGGUCCCUAUGUUUAAAAAUGUGUAUUCAAGUCUGUCAUUCAGACAAAAAUAGUUAGAAAUAAAGGUUUAAAAUACUUCAACUACAA